AUGGCGGAUCCGACGCAGCAGGAAGUCAUCUUACAGUUCAUGAGCCUAGCCUCCUGCGACGCGGACUUUGCGACCAGCUUCCUCGAGGCGAACGGCUGGAACCUGGAGCUCGCUGUUCAGAGCCUCUACGGCGACGCAGCGACACCCUCGUGGGCGUCGACCCAGCUGCGCGGCCGGCGCAUCGGCCGCGCAAAGAACCUGUCCGAGAUUUACCGGCCGCCGACGGAGAUCUGCUUCGUGGGCUCGUUCGAGGAGCUGCGGCUGACCGGGCGGCAGCAGUCGCGCUGGCUGCUCGUCAACAUCCAGUCGCCGACCGAGUUCGCCUCGCAGCAGCUCAACGCCGACACGUGGACCGACGAGGGCCUGCGUGCGGUCCUCGGCUCGUCCUUCCUCUUGUGGCAGCGCUACUUCGACUCGGAGGAGGGGGCGACGUACUGCCGGCACUACCUGCGGGAGGACGCGACCUUCCCCCACAUCGGCCUCCUCGACCCGGUCACCGGCCAGCUCGUCAAGUCGUGGCACGGCUUCACCGCAGCGGAGAGGCUCGCCGUCAACCUGUCCGAGGUCCCUGCGUGA